AGCCAGGGAGGCUCAGAGAGGUGUGGAGCUGGUACAAUGGGGGGCUAGAGGCUGCCCAUGAGGGGACCCUGACUUUGUCCAGGAUCGUAGGCAAGGCAGGUGGACAGUGCUCGCGGCUUUAGUACCCUCGGACCGACCCAGUACCGGCACCGACCCGAUCCCACCGGCACCGACCCGGAACCGGCACCGACCCGAUCCCACCGGUACUGACCUGAUACUGGCACCGACCCGGAACCGGCACCGACCCGAUCCCACCGGUACUGACCUGAUACUGGCACCGACCCGAUCCCACCGGCACCGACCCGGAACCGGCACCGACCCGAUCCCACUGGUACUGACCUGAUACUGGCACCGACCCGGAACCGGCACCGACCCGAUCCCACCGGUACUGACCUGAUACUGGCACCGACCCGAUCCCACCGGCACCGACCCGGAACCGGCACCGACCCGAUCCCACCAGUACCAAACCAAUAACUGACACCAAUCCCACCGGGAUCCACACACCAGAGCCAGACAGGAUCCAAGGCCCCCGGAACGGCUGCUGCCCCAAGUCCCCUGCCUAGGGGGUGACCCCCUGGCCGCCCCCCGCCGCCCCGGCGCCGGUCCAUGGGGGCAGAUGGAAUGUAUGAGAAGAUCAAGAUGCUGAACAUUCAGAGCACGGGCUGGGGCGGGCGGCAGGAUUGGUACCCAGAUGGGCUGGUCCCCGGGCAGCCCAACCCAGACAGCUGCCAGCAGCUGGAGGGUGGGCUGGAGCCCGAGCCCCUGCCCGGGGCCAGUGCCGACGACCCGGACGACUCGCAGCUCCGGCUGCAGCUGAAACGCAAACUGCAAAGGAACCGAACGUCCUUCAGCCAGGAGCAGAUCGAGGCCCUGGAGAAAGAGUUUGAGCGCACUCACUACCCCGACGUCUUUGCCCGCGAGCGCCUGGCUGCCAAGAUCGACCUGCCCGAGGCCCGGAUCCAGGUCUGGUUCUCCAACCGACGGGCCAAGUGGCGGCGUGAGGAGAAGCUACGGAACCAGCGGCGCCAGACGGGUGGAUCCGGGCACCUGGCCAUGGGCAGCGGGGCCUUCCCUGGCUGCGGGGCCUUCCCGGCCAUGCCCCCCGCCGGGUCAGGUGCCAUGCUGGGGCGCAGCGACGGCCCCCUCCCCAACAGCUAUGGAGCCCUCCCACCCGUGCCCAGCUUCUCCAUGGCCAACAGCCUUCCCAUGCAGGCUGUCCAGCCAGUCGCCAGCCAGGGCACCUCGUCCUUCUCCUGCAUGAUCCCGGGCAGCUCCUCGGGGCGCGGCUACGACCCCUACGGCCCGGCCCAGCUCCCGGCCCACAUGGGCAGCCCCAGUCUGGGCGCCGGCACCAGCACCUCCACCGGUCUCAUCUCCCCCGGCGUGUCGGUCCCUGUGCAGGUCCCUGGCGGGGACCCGGAGCUCCCUCAAUAUUGGCCCCGUCUGUAAUGACGGGAGAAAACGGAUCCUUCUCGGGGGGGCAGGGUGGGGGCUGUGCCCGCCCCCCUAGGGGGGCAGACCCCAUGGCUGUGGGUGGGGGUGGUGCAGGGAUUCCCCCAGCUGCCCAGGGUAAGUCCUAGCCAGGAAGGGGGAACCCUCUGCCCCCCCCAAUCUGAGGGAGCCCCCUGCCCCCCCAAUCCCCAGUCACCCCCUCCCAUUCCCGCAUGUCGGAGUUUGUCUAUUAGAGAUGCUGUGACCCACUGUGGUGUGCGUUGGGGGGGGACAAACCUCCCCAUUACCGAGCCCUUCCCCACGUCCGCCUUCCCUCUCCCUGGGGGGGUGUGGGGCACCCCCCUCUCUUGUGUUCCCCUCCCCUCACCCCCAGAGAGGGGGGCAGUAAAGAACCAGGGGGAGCUGGCAAAGGAUGCUAGGAGAAGCGCUCAGGCCUCACAAAGGAUGCUGGGAGACACGUCAACUCGGCCAGGCUGGCAAAGGAUUCUGGGAAAGGUGUCAGCUCCUCGUCCUCCCAGGGCAUGAUGAGAUAGUGGGUGACCCCCACACACCCAUCACGGGUGAGGGGGGCUGUCUGCCCCCCCAGCUCCCGCUCACCCCCAGAUCUUUCCCUGCAGGGAUGGACCCAUCUGGGGCUGAUAGAUCCUGGGGGGUGGGGGAGAAAGGCCAAAUUCUCCCCCCGCCCCAACC